AUGGCAGACGACAAAGAACCGGCAGUCAAAGACACCCCGACUCCUUCGCAGAGCGUCAUUGCGGAGUUCCACGAUGGGACAGAAGAGGGAAAGAAAGCCUUCCUCGCAACCUUCUCUGCCGCUGAGGACAAAGCUAUCAUGCGAAAGAUCGACUACAUGAACGCAGCAAACGUGAAGGUGUUGCAGGUCGGGCAGCCCUCGAACGUCUUGAACGAGUUGAAAAUGUCUGCCAAUCAAUACAAUUGGGUUCAAUCUAUCUACUUUAUCAGUUACAUCAUCUUCGAAGUACCGAGCAAUCUGGUCAUGAAGAAAGCCCUUCCACGCAACUGGCAGACGCGGAUCAUCCUUUCGUGGGGCAUAGUCUUAGCAUGCCACGCAGCUGUCAAGAAUAAAGAGGGGCUAUAUGCCGCACGCUGGUUCCUUGGGAUGAUGGAGGCAGGCAUGUUCCCCGGUCUCGCCGUUCAGCUUGCCUCAUGGUAUAGAACAGACGAAUAUGGCAAGCCCAUCAUGUGGAUGUUUGGCUUUCAGAAUACUUCUGGGAUUGUUGGUUCACUGCUGGCAUACGGUAUCAGCUACAUGAACGGUCUCGGUGGUCUGUCCGCUUGGCGAUGGGUCUACCUCCUCGAAGGCCUCUUCACCAUCCUCUUCGCCGGCGUCGUCUACCUCGUCCUCCCAGACUACCCCAAAUCCCCUCGCUCCCGCAGCUGGCUCACGCCCCGCGAGCAAGAAUACCUCGAAACGCGCCUCGCCACCAACGCUCCCAAAACGGCGGACCCGGCCUUCUCCUCGCACGAGAUCGCCGCCGCCCUCCGCGACCCGCGCACCUACGCCUUCAUGCUCGCGCAGUUCCUGACAAACUUCGCCGGCUACGCUCUGCAGUGGCAGCUGCCGACCAUCACGACGGACCUCGGCUUCGCGGGCCUGCCGCGCAACCAGCUGCUCAACAUGCCGCCCGCGCUCGGGUCGGUGCUGGCGAUCAUUGUCGCGGGAUGGCUGCUCAAGCAUGCGUGGCUCAGCCGCCCGCUGCUCAUCGCGCUCAUCGGCGCGUGCGAGCUCGUGUUUUUCGUGUUGCUGGCGGCGUUGGAGGAUAAGGCUGCCGUCUACGCGUCUUGUGUGUUAGGAACGCUCUUCUAUAGCGUUUGGUUCAUCCCGUUUUGGGCGUGGCGCAGCGCGACGCUCGAUCAGGGCGCGACGGGCAGCGCGUUCAGCCUCGCUUUCCAGAAUUGCGUCGGCCAGGUUGGCGGCGUCAUCGGGCCGCAGCUUUUUCAGAGCAGGUACGCGGCGGAUGGGUAUAAGAUCCCGUUUGCGAUUUGUGCGGGGGCGGUGGGGGGAGCGUGGUUGGCGGGCCUUUGGGGGUGGUGGUUGACGAGGGAUUUGGAGGGGAGGGUUAGGAGGGUGAGGAGGUUGAGAAUUAAGGCGGAGAAGGAGGGGGUGGUUUAUGCGGAUGGUGAUGGUGAUGAGGAGGUGGGGAGUGGGAGUGGGAGUGAGGGAAGGGCCGCUGGUGGGAGGGGGGAGAAGGAGGGGGUUUGA